CUUGAGCUGUCGCGCUUGAUCCACAUCACUCAUCGUCGGCACUCGGCAGUCCAAAAUACAACUCUUCCCGCGAGGAUGUCAAUCAUUAGGGUUUUCACAAUUAAGUGUCUCGGCUCUCGAGAGUGAAAUUUAGAGGAGAAAUCAUCAACGACGAGCAAGUGAUGGAUGAACAACGAAAACUAGAAGAAUUGAAAAGUAAAUUGGAUCAGGAAGUCGAAGAAGAAGUUGGGAAAGAGGCAGAGAGUGAAACGAUGACGCCAUGGGAGCAACACUCAAGAGUAAUAAGCAUCCCUCGCUACGAUUACAACGCUCCGUCUUUGCUUCUUCAGCACUCUCACUCUGGCUUCCUCAUAACCUGCUCUAUAAAAAGGGAGAAGAGUGCAACAAAAGAAGCCAUAUCCAUACUUGAAAAGUUUGUUGGCCUAUUUAAUGGAAGCUCAGAAGCCCCUGAUAUUGCUAAGGAGAAUACAACUAAGAGAAGAAAAAUAUGCACAGAGGAGACGGAUGGACAAUGUGCUGACACUGGGGAAAGUAAGAGCACUAUUGAAAAAUCAGUUGGUGAAUCUCCGGAAGACAAUUGUAUCUCGUCUGUGAAAGCAGAUACAAUUAUAGAAAGUGGUUCUGUUCUUUCACUUGUUAAGCUGUGUAGGAGUGGAUUGGUUCUCCUUACCUCUUCUAAAGACAAGUCUCUUGACACGGCAAAGAUAGUAUCAAAAAUCUUUCAUUCUCUUGAGUCGGGGAAUUUGAGCUCACCACUGUGGUGUCAUCGCAUAUUUCCUAUUCAAGCUACUUGUAAUUUGAAUGAGAAGGACCUGAGAGCAGUUGUGUCAAAGCUUGUCAUUCAGUUUGUGAAUGAUAAGCAACAAAAACUUGCUUCACCUGUAAAGUUUGCAGUAGGUUAUAACAGAAGAGGAGUUGAAGAGACGGAGAUGAGGAAUCUAAAAGAUGCUUCAAAGAAUUCUGAUGUAUGUCCAUUGUUGGACCGCAACAAAUGCUUCAGUGUUGUGGCUGAUGCAGUUAAUGAUGCCUUGCCUGACUCAUCUGUGGACCUCAAAUCUCCAGAGCUCUGUGUUCUUGUUGAGCUGCUGCCCCUUUCUGGAGUGCCCAAUGGUUCGUUAGUGGUCGCUGUAUCUGUUCUUCCACGAAGCCUUGUUACUACUAAGCCGCGGCUUUGCAUUAAGGCACUUGUCUCUAAUGACAAUGCAAGACAUGGAGGAAGUUGACCGUGGACAACCUAAUAUGACUUAUUACUAGAAGCCAAGACUCCAUCGAGAAUCACAGGCUCGGUUACAAUAACCACUCGCUGCAUUAGCUCCUGAUUGAGUGCCAUUUUAUUCUGGCAUAUAAUACUUAAAGAUCAGGAUAGUGGUACUGGGUAGGACAGCUGGAUCAUUGCUCAUAAGUGGUUCGUGCAAUAACAUUGAGAAAGCAUUUUUAUCAUGAUUCUGUUAAAGCCAGUACAAGGUUUUGUUCUUUCGGCUUGUAUCUUGGAUUGAGAAAUUAUGUUUUUUAAUUGUCAUGAUUAGGAUAAGUGGUCGGUUCAUGGCCUGCUAAUCACUGCAGAACACAUACGAAUAAAGCUAGGGCCAUUACCUAAA